AUGGACAAUGACAUUGGACGUCUUGGAUUCAAUGUUCUUGGUAAUCGUGACAGCUAUAGUGACCACAACAUCGACGUAAUCAUUCAUGGUGAAAGUUGUUCUGUUGGCUUUUACCAACGUCCGACCUUCGCAACGAGCCCAUUGACUCCACCACUUGGAACAUCUACUCCAACCUACCGCCCACACAUCUCCGACUUCAAAAGUCCAGUUGAUGCCGGAAGUAGCUAUCGCCGUCCAAUCUCCACAAUUGAGGAUUUCGGUAUGAAAAUGACAUUCAAAACUUACCCACCAGAAGUUUCUAAACAGCAACAAAAUACAUCGGUUAUCCACGUGCAUAGAAGUAAAAACCGGGAGGAUCGACGGACGGCGGCUCGACAAGAAACUGCGAUUUGGUCUACGGUGAUGGCGGACGUGAUUCUUUGUUUGGCACAAAUGCCGGAAAUUCCUUCUCUCGCACUGGCGUUAAACCCCGUGAUCCAUCGUAGAAAUUCCAUCGAACGGGCCAUUCACUACGUUCAUUCAUUCUCCAGAAAGAUCUUGCUAUGA